AUCAGCUGUCUGCUUUUUGUUUCCUAUCCAAUCGUUCCACUUUUCUGCCGUCAAUUAUAUAUUUAAUGCUAAUAACAAACCGGCCGUUCUCAUUAUAUUUCUGUAGUGAUUGUGCCAUUGAUUUUAAUUUAAGUGUCAAUGCAUUGAACUAUUUAGAAUACCUGAAAAUGCAAGAAGAUGUGGUGUUUAGAGAUUGCUUGUGAUUCCUUUCUGUUCAAAUUCAACGUGCAUCUUGCGAUAAAAUGGCAAGUAGCCGAAAUCAGCAUAAUAAGAAUCAACUCCUAGGUGCCCCCACUAUUCCAAAUCCAGAAUGGAGGGAAUUUGUGUGUGGUUGGGGUGCAGCUUUCAUAAACAUCACUGUGACUUUUCCGAUAAACAAAGUCAUGUUUCGCCAGAUGCUCUAUGGUAUGCAUACGAAGAAUGCUUACAUCCAGCUAAAAUCUGAAGGCUUUCGCUUUCUUUACAGGGGCAUCCUUCCACCCUUGUGCCAAAAAACAAUAUCAGUAUCUAUCAUGUUUGGAAUGUACAAUCACUAUCAACAAGUGCUGAAUUCAAUGGUUCCUCAGUGGAAUACACACAUUAAGAAUUCUACCGCAGCUGCUGCAGCUGGCCUAACCGAGGCAGUUCUUGCUCCAUUUGAAAGGGUUCAGAUGCUCCUCCAAGAUAACCACUUCAACGCGAGGUUUAGGAACACUGCACAUGCCUUUGCUGACCUACGCCAAUACGGGUUCAGAGAAUAUUAUCGAGGUCUGACUCCGAUAUUGCUGCGAAACAGUGUCAGCAACGCGCUUUUCUUUACACUCAGAGAAGAGAUAAGCGAGCGAAUGCCUCAUCCAGAUCAUUGGACAGGAAAAUUGUUAUCAGAUUUUUGCUGCGGCGCUAUGGUGGGAGCAUUUAUUAGCACUUUAUUUUAUCCGGUGAAUGUCGUAAAAUCGCACAUGCAAUGCACAGUGGGAGGGCCGUUCAACAGCUUAUGGAAGGCGAGCCGGAUUGUCUACGAGGAGCGAGAACGCUCUUUGCGCAAGAUGUUUUUUGGCGUUCACAUCAAUUACACCCGAGCUCUCAUCAGUUGGGGGAUCAUCAACGCCUCUUACGAAAUGCUCAGGAAUUUGUUGGUGAAGCCGCAUCUUUAGUGUUUAAUAAUGCAUUAUUGUUUAGUUAUCAUUGAAUUUAAUUUUAGAAUAUUUUAAGAAAAGAAGUUGAAGUAAUUCAACCUUGGAGAUUCCGGGAAGCUGGGCUCUUUAUUUUUUCACAAAAAUUUAAGUAAUUCUAGCUAAGAAUUGUACAGUCCUAUAUCCAAAGCCAUCCCACUCCUUAGUCAUUUACCAAGUUGUAGUGAACACGAUUGAAAUGAAACUAUUUACCUGCAAUUCACGGUAUUGAGUCUCUUGAUAAUACUGAAUGUUCAAACUUACAAAAAAGAAAAAAAAUAUCAGAUUGAUAGAA